AUGAUUCUCUUGGCAGCGCUUGUGUCGGUGGCCCUUAGCCAGGUCUGCAAGGAUGGCGACCUUGAAUGUCCGGUGACUUCCGGUGCGACUUUUGAUGACGAGACGUCGGAUUUCUCCUUGCGGCAGCUUCGUGGGGUCAAGGCCGCGGUGUCAAAGGAGUGGUCCUUUCUCAAACCCAACCCAGAGCUCUUGAUCUGGGACAGAAGGGUGAAUACUUCGCUGAAUACCACGACAGAUUUGGUGAACAUCAGCAUUUACAACGGCUGGUUGAAGGUGCCUCUGGUUCACGAUCCGGCCCUGUUGGACUACGAGUUGCCGCCCUACGUCUGUCUGCGGGUGCGGGGCAUGGCGGCGCUGCAGCAGCCGGCGAAGAACGGGCCGCUGCUGGCGCACUGCGGGGGGCCGGGGAGCGGCCGAAGGUGUGCCAUGGACAUGAGCAAACUGAACUUCGACAUAGAUGGCCAGCAUUCAGUGAUUUCAGAUUUUGAUCUCUUAGCCAUUGACCAGAGAGGAGUGAACACCUCCAGCGACCCCUACGAGACGGAGAAAAGAUGGGGGAAAGUACCGCCCUGCCCCUUCACAGAGGCUGAAAAAGCGGUGAAGCCCUUUCCAACGAUGUACUGCAACGAGAUCAAGCGAAGAAACUUCUUGCAAAGACCCAAGAAGUUGAUGGAGAUGCUAGCGCCGCUGGACAACACUUCCAUGGAUGCCUUUAAGAACUAUGUUCUACCCAUUUGGAAGGCUGGAAAUGUACCCUUCACAGACAUGGCUCCAUACAAUGAGAGCUUCGCUCGAUGGUACUAUCGCCUAGUCAAGCUGGAACACGCCUUUUGCUUCGAAGCCGAGCGUUACAAGCUCAAGGCUCCCAAUGGAAGAGAGUACAAUUCCCUUCUCUUUGCCGGGACUGUGGACUUGGCUCACGAUUUGGACCUCUUUCGUCAGGCCAUAGGAGCGGAGCAGCUGUCGCUCUACGGGGCCUCCUAUGGAACCUCUGUGGUUUCUGUCUACGCUUCGAUCUUUCCACAGCACACCUUUCGCUUGGUGAUGGAUGGUGUGGUGAAUCCAGCACCUGAUGUGACCCUCCGAGCUGGAAGCAGUGCUCGCGGCAUCGAGUCGGUCUGGGACGGCCUGGUCAAGGACUGCGAGACCAGUCUGGUGCGAAACAUGGCGCCCGAUGAGGUGUGCCCUGCCGCCCCUUCGGCGGCCACCAAGACCAUGAAGGUGUUGUUGGGAGCCAACAAGACGAAGGCUGCGCAGCUGCUGCGCCUGGUACAGAUCUCGGUUUUUAAAUACCAGGAACUCUUUGGGCCACUGGCCAUGGCCUGCGUGGAACAGUUCUACUCUGGAACAGAGGUCUAUGGUUGCAAUGAGACCUUCCAGCUCUUAGACAAGCUGGCCUCGUACGAUACCAACCGAAGCGAGGCCAACGAAUCGGAUCAUUUUCAGAUCGGCAUACAGUCGAUGGUCAUGGGCACCGACUCUGCAGGUCGUUUGAACGAAGAGGAAUUCAUCACAUGGUGGAAGACAACCAAAGACCGAGAUCCCAUUGGCGUCAAGUGGGCCACCACUUGGAUCAUCGCCAUGAGCACCUGA